AUGUUUAAAUACGCGUUUAAACAACCAAUAAGACGUUUAUCAUACAUCAACUACAUAAGACCAUAUUCACGUUAUACAAAAUCCCAACCACUUAAAAAAAUAAUAGAAGAUGAAGAUGCAGAAAUUAUAGAUUCACCGACAUCAUCAUCAACUUCAACCACAUCAACUAUAACAUUCAAUGAUUCACCAAUUGAAAAUUUAGAUAAACCUGCUACAUCGCCAAUAAUAGACUGGUCUGAUUCAUAUCAUGGAUUAGGAUCACAACCCUUCCCCAGAGAAAUAAGUGAUAUUUUAUUAGCUCCAAUAGAUGAUUUAGAUAUUGAAAUUAAACCAGAUGGAUUAUUAUAUUUACCAGAAAUUAAAUAUAGAAGAAUCCUAAACAAAGCAUUUGGUCCAGGAGGUUGGGGUUUAGUACCACGUACAGAAUCACAUAUUACAAAACAACAAAUAUCAAGAGAAUAUGGAUUAAUAUGUCAUGGUAGAUUAAUUAGUAUAGCUCGUGGAGAACAAGAUUUUUUUGGUGGUGAAGAAAAAAUUACAACUGCUUUAGAAGGUUGUAAAAGUAAUGCAUUAAUGAGAUGUUGUAAAGAUUUAGGUAUUGCAAGUGAAUUAUGGGAUCCAAGUUUUAUAAGAAAAUGGAAAUCUAAAUAUUGUGAAGAAGUAUUUGCUGAACAUGUUGUUAAUAAAAAGAAGAAGAAAUUAUGGAAAUUGAAAAGUUUAAAGAAAUUGGAAUAUCCUUAUAAACAGAUUUAG